AUUUGUAGAAGAAGAUUUUUGGUGUUAAUUUCUAUUAGAAGAAUCUUUUUUUUGUCUAGUUUGUUAUUUUUAAUAAAAGAUUAUACUAUCUUUUUGGAGGGAGAAGUUGUAAGUUUAAAUUCAGCUAGAAUAGUAAUAACCCCUUUAUUUGAUUGAAUAAGUUUAUUAUUUAUAUCUUUUGUUCUAUUAAUUGCUUCUUUAGUUAUUUAUUAUAGAAAGGAGUAUAUGAGAGGUGAUUUAAAUAUUAAUCGUUUUAUUAUAUUAGUUCUUAUAUUUGUUAUAUCUAUAAUAUUAUUAAUUAUUAGUCCAAAUUUGGUUAGAAUUUUAUUAGGAUGAGAUGGGGUAGGGGUAGUAUCUUAUUGUUUAGUUAUUUAUUUUCAAAAUGUUAAGUCAUAUAAUAAUGGUAUAUUAACAGCUUUAUCCAAUCGGAUUGGGGAGGUCGCAUUUUUAUUAGCUAUUGCUUGAAUGUUAAAAAACGGGAGUUGAAACAAUAUUUUUUAUUUAGAAGUUAUGAAAAAUAGAGUAGAAAUGGAAAUUAUUGGGGCUUUGAUUAUAUUAGCUGCUAUAACUAAGAGUGCUCAGAUCCACUUUUCUUCUUGAUUACCUGCUGCUAUAGCAGCUCCUACUCCUGUAUCAGCUUUAGUUCAUUCUUCAACUUUGGUGACUGCUGGGGUUUAUUUAUUAAUUCGAUUUAAUAUUUUGUUGAGAGGUAGAUGAUUAGGGGAUUUAUUAUUAUUAUUAUCUGGUUUGACUAUAUUUAUAGCUGGAUUGGGAGCUAAUUUUGAAUUUGACCUAAAAAAGAUUAUUGCUCUAUCUACUUUAAGACAAUUAGGAUUAAUAAUAAGAAUUUUAUCUAUAGGAUUUUAUAAAUUAGCUUUUUUUCAUUUGUUAACUCAUGCUUUAUUUAAGGCUCUUUUAUUUAUAUGUGCUGGAGCUAUUAUUCAUAAUAUGAAUAAUUCUCAAGAUAUUCGUUUGAUAGGAGGGCUUGGUAUUUAUAUGCCAUUAACAUCUGGUUGUUUUAAUGUUGCUAAUUUAGCGUUGUGUGGUAUGCCUUUUUUAGCCGGGUUUUAUUCUAAGGACAUAAUUCUUGAAAUUGUUUCUUUAAGUUAUAUUAAUCUAUUUUCUUUCUUUCUAUAUUUUUUUUCUACUGGUUUAACUGUUUGCUAUUCUUUUCGAUUGGUCUAUUAUUCAAUAACAGGUGAAUUAAAUUGUGGUUCUUUAAAUAUGUUAAGAGAUGAGGGAUGAAUUAUGCUUCGUGGGAUGAGAGGUUUACUAGUAAUGAGAAUUGUGGGAGGUAGUAUGUUAAGUUGAUUGAUUUUUCCUACACCGUAUAUAAUUUGUUUACCUAGUUAUUUGAAGUUAUUAACUUUAUUUGUUUGUAUUGUACGAGGUGUAUUGGGUUAUUUAAUUUCAAAUGUUUCUCUAUUUUAUUUUAAUAAAUCUUUAAGUAAUUAUGUUAGUAGUUAUUUUUUUGGUUCUAUAUGAUUUAUACCUUAUAUUUCUACGUAUGGAAUUAUUAAUUAUCCUUUGAUUUUAGGAGGAAGAGUAUGUAAAUCUUUUGAUCAGGGUUGAUCAGAUUUUUUAGGAGGUCAAAAUUUAUAUAAUGAAUUAGUGAAAUAUUCUCAGCAUAUAUUUGUUAUACAUAAUAAUAAUUUAAAGAUUUAUCUUUUAUUAUUGGCUUUAUGAAUUAUUUUCUUGUUUUCUUUCUUUUUAAUAUUUU